AUGGCUUCCGACAAACCAGUAACGAAUAAACUAAUAAACUCGCCAGAGACCUGCGUGGAUGAUAACUUGCGUGGUUUAGUAGCUGCCAAUCCUCAGCUGCAUUUACACCCUCAGCAUAGAGUAGUCACAGUUCGUUCUAAGAUAAAUAAUGGAAAGGUAGCAGUUAUCGGCGGAGGCGGUUCAGGACACGAGCCUUUCGCAGCAGGAUUCGUCGGUGCAGGCAUGCUGGAUGGAGCGGUCGCGGGAGGCAUCUUCUCAUCACCACCAACUGGAAACGUCUUAUACGCCAUCACAUAUUUAUACAAAUAUAACUCUGGUGGUGUUCUCGUUUUGAUCGGAAAUUAUACUGGAGACAGACUGAAUUUUGGGAAAGCUAUAGAAAAAGCAAAACUGGCUGGGGUUAAGGUAGAAGGUGUAAUAGUAGGUGAAGACGUCGCAUCUAGCCAUAAUAAGACUGGUGGCAGGGGCAUGUGUGCUGAGGUCUAUUUAUUUAAGAUGUGUGGAGCUUUGGCAGCUCAAGGAGCUAGCCUAGAGGAAGUACGAAACUUAGCGGUGGAGUCUAGCCAGUGUAUGGCAACUCUCGGUGUUUGCCUGAGCCCGUGCUCAUUACCAGGACAGCCCCCACUAUUCGAAAUAGCUCAUGGCAUGAUGGAGCUGGGUGCCGGAGUGCAUGGGGAAGCUGGCAUUGCUAAAGUCAAACUCGGCACUGCGAAGGAAGUUGUCAGUCUUAUACUUCAAAAGAUAGUCGAACACCUCAAACUCACGUCUGGCGAUAGAGUAACAGCCAUGGUGAACAAUUUAGGUGCAACAUCAAUACUUGAAAUGAAUAUUAUAAACAAAGAAAUCAAAGAUUUUCUCGUAAACAGGCAGAUAACUUUGGAAAGAAUAUACUCCGGGCACAUGAAGUCUUCACUAGAAAUGCACGGGUUCCAAAUAUGCUUACUGCAUUUGAGCGCGGAACACGGUGAAGGAUGGCUACGUUUGUUGGACACGACCACUCUGGUGCCGUCAUGGCCUGCGUACCCUCUACCUGACUGUGACGAUGCAGAGGGGAGCAUCGGGGAUGAUGACGACUUGACACAACACUCUGAUGCCAAGGGCGCAAACGGUCCUUCACUGUCGUGUUCAGAGCAGACCUUACUACGAGACAGUUUGUGUGCUGCAGCGGAGGCGUUAGCACAAAAUGAAGCACUCCUGAACAGGUUGGACUCGGGCUGCGGUGACGGAGAUUGUGGGACCACUCUCAAGAAAUUUUCACUCGCUAUUCUGGAGUACACAAAGACUGCGUCGAUGGAGUAUCCGUCGAAUGUACUCUGGGAUCUGUCCGAGGUAGCGGAGCGUGACAUGGGUGGAACGUCUGGCGGCAUCUACAGUCUGGGAUUGUCUGCCGCCGCGCAGGCAUACGGCAGUGCAAAAACUAAUGACGCGGCCUCUUGGUUGCUGGCGUUAGACAGCGCCACGCGAGCGAUAUCGAAGUAUGGGGGCGCAGAUCCAGGAGAUAGGACUAUGUUGGACAGUAUUCACGCAGCAGUGGUGGCGUUCAAGGAGCAGUUGUCGUGCGGCGUGUACAGUAUAGCGCGGGCCGCGGCACAGGCUGCAGAACGCGGCGCCGCCGGUACCGCCGGCAUGACCGCCAGGGCGGGCAGAGCGUCGUACGUAUCGAGUGCGUACACUACGGAUGAAGACGCGGGCGCGCGCGGCGCAGCGAUAUGGCUGCAAGCGAUUUUUAACUAUAUCUCUAAAGAAAUAUGAUCGAAUUUCUUUUCAAUAAAGUUUCUUAUACUU